AGUUCAACCCCUCCAAGUUUCCAUAUUUAAAUCCGAUCCUUCUAGUUCUUGCCCCCAACAGAAUCACCACCUUUGCAGCAAUAAAAAGCUCUUCCCUUGGUGCUCCGGUACGAAACCCACCACCAACCAGCAUGGGAGACGCCACCGGAACCUCCUCCUCAUCCACCACCAUCUCCCCUUCCAUCCUCAAAAAAAUUAUCCUCUCAUACACCUACGUAGCCAUAUGGAUCUUCCUUUCCUUCACCGUGAUUGUCUACAACAAAUUCAUCCUGGACAAAAAGCUCUACAACUGGCCUUACCCCAUCUCCCUAACGCUCAUCCACAUGGGAUUCUGUUCCUCCAUAGCUUUCCUCCUCGUUCGAGUCUUCCUUGUCGUCGACCUCCCUUCUUCUAUGACUCCCCAACUCUACCUUUCCUCUAUUGUUCCCAUCGGCGCCCUUUACUCCCUUUCCCUUUGGCUCUCCAACUCGGCCUACAUCUAUCUCUCCGUUUCCUUCAUCCAAAUGCUCAAAGCCCUCAUGCCGGUUGCCGUUUACUCCAUCGGCGUCCUCUUUCGUAAAGAUGCUUUCAAGUCUUCCACCAUGGCUAACAUGCUCGCUAUUUCUGCCGGUGUCGCCAUCGCUGCUUAUGGAGAAGCCAAAUUCGAUACCUGGGGUGUCUUGUUACAGCUCGGAGCUGUUGCUUUUGAAGCCACGAGGCUGGUUUUAAUCCAAAUACUCCUCGGUUCGAAAGGAAUCAACCUUAACCCCAUUACUUCCCUUUAUUACGUCGCCCCUUGUUGUUUCGUUUUCUUGCUUGUUCCCUGGGUCGCCGUGGAACUACCUUCACUUAAAGAAAACUCAACCUUCCAUUUCGAUUACUUCAUCUUCGGGACCAACUCCUUUUGCGCCUUCGCUUUGAACCUGGCGGUGUUUUUGUUGGUGGGGAAGACAUCCGCGCUGACGAUGAACGUGGCGGGAGUUGUCAAAGACUGGUUGCUGAUAGCUUUUUCGUGGUCGGUGAUCAAAGACAGGGUGACCGCUGUUAACUUGUUUGGUUAUGGGGUAGCGUUUUUGGGGGUUGCUUAUUAUAAUCAUUCGAAGCUGAAAGCGCUUAGAGAGAAGGAAGCAGCAGAGAGGAAGGAUGAAGAAACGGGGAGAUUGUUGGAUGAAAGAGAAGGGGAUGGGAGCAGCAGAAGAGAUGAAUCUCAGGGUUAAUCUUUGUUUUUAACUUUUUAGAUAGUGAUACGAUUAGACUCGAAAGAGAUUUAUAAUUAUAGAGGUGUUUUAGUUUCUUUCUUUUCUCUGCAUGUUCUGCUUAUGGUCCAGUUAUAUAUUGUCGAUUGGCAUCCCAUGUUGUUUUAGACCAAAAUAAAAUACUGAAUGAAUUAUUUAUGUAUUCGCUAAUUUUA